GACAGCGCUGAAUAUUUUUGACAAUUUGCUUUGUAAUCAUGGCGUCAGAGCGUUAUAGUUUCUCUCUUACAACUUUUAGCCCGUCAGGUAAAUUGGUGCAAAUUGAAUAUGCUUUAGCUGCUGUAGCCGCCGGCGGAACCUCCGUCGGUAUUAAAGCAUCGAAUGGCGUCGUGAUUGCAACAGAGAACAAACACAAAAGUAUUCUGUAUGAUGAACACAGUGUGAACAAAGUUGAAAUGAUAACUGGUCAUAUCGGCAUGGUCUACUCAGGCAUGGGCCCUGACUACCGUUUGUUGGUGACCAGAGCUCGUAAGAUGGCACAGCAGUACUACCUGAUGUAUCAUGAGCCAAUACCUACCGCACAGCUGGUGCAGCGAGUUGCUACAGUGAUGCAGGAGUACACACAGUCUGGUGGUGUCCGUCCGUUUGGUGUAUCUCUACUUAUAUGCGGCUGGGACGAAGGCAGGCCGUAUCUGUUCCAGUGUGACCCGUCUGGUGCCUACUUUGCUUGGAAAGCCACCGCCAUGGGCAAGAACUUUAAUAACGGGAAGACUUUCUUAGAAAAAAGGUAUACCGAGGAAUUGGAACUAGAUGAUGCAGUCCAUACUGCAAUUUUAACUCUCAAGGAGGGCUUCGAAGGUCAAAUGACAGCUGAUAAUAUUGAGGUGGGCAUCUGUGACUCAAACGGUUUCCGUAGACUUGAACCCUCACACGUCAAGGAUUACCUCGCGAACAUACCUUAAUUAUUAAUAUAAAGAAAAUAAAAUUUUGUUUGUA